CUUUUCACGCGAUCACUCGAAGAUCCACGGCACUGGACGAGGAACCCGGUGAACCUCGCGAACUCAUUUUCGAUCGACCAUUCGACGUCGUUGUCCACUAGCUCGGCUAUAUCAAGUGUGUCACUAUGAAGCCGAAGAAAUUGGGCAUCAUCGGUGGCUCUUUGCUCGCCUUCGGGGUUGGGUUCUGCGCGAUCGUGUUCCCCCCGUUCCUCAGAUCGCAGAUCAAAAAGCAAAUAGCCCUGAAACCCAAUUCCGAGAUGCGAGGAUUAUGGUCACAUUUCCCUCUUCCAUUGGACUUCAAAAUUUAUCUGUUCAACGUGACGAAUCCAAUGGAGAUUACGGCAGGAGAGAAACCAAUUGUCGAGGAAGUGGGACCAUUCUUUUACGACGAAUACAAACACAAGGAAAAUCUGGUUGAUCGGGAAGAAGACGACAGCCUGGAGUAUAACUUGAAAAACGUAUGGCACUUCAAUCCGUCGUUAAGCAGCCCGUUAACUGGCGAGGAAGAGCUGGUCGUUCCUCACUUCCUUAUUCUCAGCAUGAUCAAACUCACUCUUGAGCAGCAGCCAGGAGCGAUAGGAAUUUUGAAUAAGGCUGUGGAUAAUCUCUUCCACAAACCUAGUUCCGUCUUCGUAAGGGCGAAAGCAAGAGAAAUACUCUUCGAUGGUUUACCCGUCGACUGCACUGGGAAAGAUUUCGCCUCGACUGCAAUUUGCACCGCAUUGAAGGAAAAGGAGGACGCUUUGAUGCCUGGUGAACAACCUGGGCAAUAUUUGUUCUCCGUUUUUGGCCCUAAAAAUGGCACCAUUCUUCCCGACCGUAUACGAGUGUUACGGGGGAUAAAGAAUUACAAAGACGUGGGCAAAGUGGUCGAACUCAACGGACAGAAAAUGUUGGAUCUUUGGGCCGGUGAUGAAUGCAACACGUUCAAUGGCACGGAUUCGACCAUUUUCGCGCCAUUGCUCACGGAGGAGGACGAUAUCGUGUCGUUCUCACCGGACAUUUGCAGAAGCUUGGGUGCACGGUUUUCUCACAAGUCCAAAAUCAAAGGCGUCAACACGUAUCACUAUACAGCUGAUUUGGGCGACAUGAGUACGAAUCCUAUGGAAAAGUGUUUCUGUCCCACGCCAGACACUUGUUUGACGAAAAAUCUUUUCGAUUUGUCUAAAUGUGUGGGUGCACCCUUUAUUGCUUCUCUGCCACAUUUACUUGGAUCAGAAGAGAAAUACUUGAAAAUGGAAGAGCACGGACUUCACAUGGACUUCGAACCGAUGACAGCCACACCUUUACUCGCGCGCAAGAGGCUGCAAUUUAACAUGUUCCUUCACAAGGUCGAAAAAUUCAAGUUAAUGAAGAACUUCCCAGAAUGUUUGUUCCCUAUGUUCUGGGUUGAGGAGGGUAUAUUGCUCUCCGAUGAGUUUGUGAAGAAAUUGAAAACCGUCUUCAAGGCAAUAAGCAUAGUCGGGUUUUUGAAGUGGAUCACGAUAAUAAGCGGCACAUGCAUGAGCGGAGCAGCCGUCACGAUGUUCUUCAAGAACAAGGACAAAGGCUCGAUGGACGUGACUAAGGUAACACCACAGACGCAAAGUGGGAAGGAUGGUGAGAAGAAAUGGAACCAGAUGAACAUCAGUACGAUACAGAGUGCAGCGGUGCCGCCUAAUCUCGACGAGAAUUAA